CAGGAGGACCAGUUACCAUUGAUGUGCACCAUUUAUCGUCUCUUGCCAAUAUUGUGCCAGCAGUUGGCAUCCCUAUAUCACAGAUAUGCCGUUGGACUUCGGGACUGAAGAAGAAAAUGCACUUGCAGGCAAUCUCCCAAAUUCCAACCCCAGUGUCAAGCCGGCCUACUGUUCAUAGUGUCAACUCAGAUACCUCCACCAACAAAAAUACACAGGGCCCUUCCAACAACCAUGGCAUGAAACCUCCAAGCUACUCCAAACGGAUUGAGUCGUCAGGGCCAGCAGUGACUGUGUUUGUAGGCAACAUCACGGAGAAGGCACCAGAUGUGAUGGUUCGGCAUAUUCUCAACACCUGUGGUAAUGUGCACAGCUGGAAGAGGGUUCAGGGAGCUUCAGGCAAAUUACAGGCUUUUGGAUUCUGUGAGUUUGGGAACCCAGAUGCUGCCCUUCGAGCAAUCAGGCUUCUACAUGACUAUGAGAUUGCUGAAAAGAAACUAGUUGUCAAAGCUGAUGCAAAAACCAAAGAAGUUUUAGAUGAUUAUAAGGAGAAGCGAAAGAAAUCGAAGCAGAAUGGCGAUUCUUCACCAUUACAAGAUGAACUAGACGAAGGUGACGAUUAUCUGGAUGAAGAUAUGAGAUUAGAAGAUGCUGCCGCAGUGAGGCGGAUAAUUGAAAUUCUCUCGGACCACAAAAAAGAUAUUAUGAAUUACAUCCCACCCCCAAACAGGCAUGAUAUGAGGGAAAAGCGUAUGUCUAAAGUACAAGAAAAACUAGUGGCGCUAUCAAGUGGGGCUGAUAUUGCAAAUAUACCCACCACAACCAAUUUGGAUGGCAUGGAAGAUGUGGAGGAGGGUAAAAAAGAACUGAUUACACGAGAAAUUACACAAUUCCGGGAGCAAAUGAAGAAACAGGAAGAAGAGAAAGAAAGGGAGAGAAGGCUGAGAGAAAAAGACAGGGAGCGAGAUCGAGAUCGAGAUAGAGAACGAGAACGAGAGAGGGAACGGGAAAGAGACAGGGAAAGGGAGCGAGAGAGAGAGAGGGAACGCGAGCGAGAAAGAGAAAGGGAAAGAGAACGUGAAAGAGAAAGAGAAAGAAGAGAGAGGGAAGAGAAGCUACGGCGUCGAUCGCGCUCUGGGUCUCGGGGUGGCAGUAUAAGAAGGUCUAGAUCCCAGUCAGUAGACACACGGAGAUUAAAAAAGGAGAAGAGGUAUUCAAGAUCAAGAUCGCCAUCACCGGUACGCAAAAGUGAAAGAGAUGUGUUGCGGGAGAGAGAGGAAGAAGCAGAAGACAAAGAAAGAAAGGAACAAGAAAGAAAAGUUCGAAAGAAGGAAUUACAGUAUCAGGAAAGGCUUAAAAAUUGGGAAACCCGUGAGCAUAAGAAACAGAAAGAGUUGGACAGAGAGAAAGAGAAAGACAGACUGAAGGAACUAGAGAGAGAGAAAGAAGCUAAAAGAUUAAAGGAGUUCUUGGAGGAUUACGAUGAUGAAAGAGAUGAUCCAAAGUGUUACAAGGGACAUGCAUUCCAAAGAAGAUUGAUGGAACGAGAGCAGGAGAAGGAGUUGGACACACGAGAUCGCGUCAAAGAGAAGGAAGAGCUGGAAGAACUAAGAGCCAAAAUCAUGGCUGAAGGUCAUGAUAACCCAGAUGCUGCCUUCCAGAAGGCAUGUGCAGAGAGGGAGGAACAGUACAAGCCCAAGUUGUUGAUUAAACCUGCAGAGCGUAAAGUUCCACCGCCAACUCCUGUUCCAGUAGAACCUCCACCUCCACAACUACCAGACAUUCCAGAACAGCCUCCACUUCCCAUGUCUGCAGCAGAAUCUGACACUGACUCAGAUGGCCACAAUAUGUCUGAUGCACCCCCUGAGCCUAGUCCAGAAAUGGAGGAAAAUUCUCAGUCCAGAGAUGAGUAUAUGUCAUCAGCAGACACUACACCUCAGCCACCAAAGAGAAAGAAAUAUGAUGUAAAAGAUGUUUUCAACCAAGAUGAUGAUGACCUUCCAUCAAAAAAGAAGAAACUCCCUUUGCCAGAACGAACCUUGAGUGCCAAAGAAGAUCCCUUGCAGAAAUUGCUAAGAAAUUCAAUAGAACCAGGCAAGGAUAAGGGUAGCAAAGAGAAGGGGGGUGGAGAGGAAAAACGCAAGCAUAUCAAGAGUAUGAUUGAUAAGAUCCCAACAAGUAAAGAGGAACUCUUCGCAUACCCCAUUGAUGCAUCUCUUGUUGACAAUGUGUUAAUGGAGAAGAGAAUUCGGCCAUGGAUUAACAAGAAGAUCAUAGAAUAUAUAGGAGAACCGGAACCCACACUAGUAGAUUUCAUUUGUUCUAAGGUUCUCGUGGGCUCUGAACCUCAGUCUCUACUAAAUGAUGUUCAAAUGGUUCUUGAUGAUGAAGCAGAAGUGUUUGUGGUGAAGAUGUGGCGGUUAUUAAUAUAUGAAAUAGAAGCUAAGAAGCUGGGUACUGUCAAAUCCUAAUACAGUGUGGUUGACUAAUGCUAGCAAGAAAGCACCAGCAUCAAUAUCAUUCAGGGUUCUGAAAAUAAAGUGAGGGCACUCUUUUCUUAUACUGUAAAUAUUUGUUAUAUAGUUAAAAAAAUAUUUGAAGACCUUUGCAUAUGUUGAAGUUUCUUGAUAAGAGAAGCACAAAAGUGUUGAUUAAAGUUAUAUAGGUUUAAAAGAAGUGGAGUGAAAGUUUGUAGGAGUUUGCAAUGUGAAAUAAGAAAUGUGACUUCUGCAGAGCUUGUUCAAAUAAUUAUUUAAAAUUGACUUUUGACUUCCAUUAUACAUAAAUUUCCAACUUGAGUAUCUAAUUAAGAAUUAUUUUAUUAACUUUUCAGAAAAUCUUCAAUAUGAGAUAUUUUUGGUUGAUUUUUUUAAAAUAUUUUGUGCGCUAUUUUACAGUAUUGCAUUAAUAAUUUUGAGUUGUUAAAUUAAAUGCAGAACAAAGGUAAUUAUAAUAUCACACUGUGAGGUCGGCUAAUACACAUACACAGUGUAUGUGAGCUUUUCACAUUCAAAAUAUUAACCAUUCCAUUUUGGGUGGUAGACAAAAAGUGUGUAAUGGAAGACAAUAAAUGUAUUACCAUCUAAUGGUGAGAUAACUGUUGAAAGAACUGUAGGUAUGCAUUUUUCUACCAUUGUGCUGGGGCAACUGUCAUUCGUAAAUGCUAGACAAGUAAGAUAAAUAUUUUUGAUAUUAUUGGUAUCAGUUGGUCCUGAGCUUGCUAUGUAUCAACACCCACACAUGCACAGCAAUUUCUUAGUGUUGACAAUGUUCAGGGUUCUGGGUAUUCUCAAGAAACAAGGCAUGUGUGAACAGUACCUGCUUUCCACCCUUCUAUUUAUUCAAGGCCCCUCCUUUUUUUUUUUCUUUUUUUUUUUUAUAUUCCCUAGGUUAGUGAAUAUUUUAUAAUUCAUUAUUUUUGAAUGCUUAUGAUCCAUUAAUUUUUAUGAAUGUUUUGAAAUCUGUGACAUCAGGUUAUAUUGAGAUUAAUUGGAUGUUUUGUACAAACAUUCUUGCCCACUCAUCAGAUGCUCUGUACUUGGUUAUAAUUGCAUACAAUAAAAUUGUAUCAACUGGCCACCAAGAUGAAAAAUUAAACAAAAAUAUAUUCAAGCAUGGAUGUUUAUUGGAUGUAUGGAUCAUCCCUGUGAUUGUAAAUAAAUGAAGAUUUUUC